AUGUUUUGCCACUUGCACCACUGGAAAAGGUAUAUACUUCAAGGUUGGCCUAAGACUGUUACUGAAGAAAUACGGCCUUUCUGGCUGUGUCGUGCAGAACUGUCUGUGGAAGAUGGUCUAAUUUUUCGUGGUGGUAGGAUUUUUGUGCCUCAAAAAUUCAGAAGGUAUGUUCUCUCUGAGAUUCAUGGAAGUCAUCAAGGUAUAUGUGCUGUAAAGGCUCUGGCCGCUCGGCAGUCUGUUUGGUGGCCAAACAUGGAUGAAGACAUCCAAGAACUGGUGAAAUCCUGUCUUCUCUGCCAAGUUGAAGCUGCAGUACCCCCAUCUACUGUGGCACCCUGGCCUUUUACAAAUGAUCCCUGGAGCAGGAUACAUAUCGACCAUGCAGGACCAUUUGAAAAUCGUUUGAUCCUUUUAGUUGUUGAUGCUGCCACCAAGUGGUUGGAGGCUAUUCCUGUUGCUUCGACAUCUUCAACUGCAACUAUUGUUGCGUUACGUUCCAUCUUUGCGAGAUUUGGACUUCCGAGAACAAUGGUAAGUGAUAAUGGAACUUCAUUUACCAGUGAUGAAUUUUCUGGUUUCCUUGGUAAGAAUGGCAUAACCCAUGUGCGAACAGCACCUUACCACCCGCAGUCGAAUGGAAUAGCGGAACGAGCUGUUCGUUCCAUGAAAGAUGCAAUGAGGAAGAAUAAAAGUGGUUCCUUUCAAGAGAGACUAGAUAAAUUUCUUUUUUACUAUCGUCUCACGCCAAAUUCGGUGACUGGAGUAGCACCUUCCGUGGCCAUGUUCAAUCGUCCAAUGAGGAGCCGUUUAGAUUUGCUAAAACCAGAGAGUGAUUCUCGGGUAGAUUAUGAUCCCAAGUUUCGGUCCCAGGACAGAGUUUGGUGUAGGAAUUACGGGCGUGGUCCAAAAUGGAUUCCUGGAGAAGUGACUUCUCCCAAAGGACGUGUCAUGUCUGAAGUAUCCUUAUCCGAUGGAAAAGUGAUUCGACACAAUGACCAACUGCGUUUGAGGAAUGUUGAUUGCUCAUAUUCCCCAAUGGCUUCUGACUCAAUCUCAGAGCCAAGCGAAUCUGCAGCAUUACCACUACAGGUCCCAAAUGUGACACCGCGCCCUGAUUCAACAGUUAUACAAGAGGAACCACCGGGUUUAGUUCCCUCACCCCUACCCUUAAGGCGUUCUAUGCGUCCCAGGAAGCCUCCAGAAAAAUUGGACUUGUAG